UUGUAGUUGAUAUUAAUCUUCUUGAUUCCCAGCUUUACUGAUAGGCUCUUGUAUGAAUUUUUUUCAUGAUAGGUUUUAUUGACAUAAUGUAAGUGAAGCAGAGGUAAUUGAAUCUAUUUAUCUAAUGAUAAACUUCUGACCUUCAUGAUGUAACAUAGAGACUUUCACACAGCCAGCAUUAUCAUUCUCCUUAAAAUUUAUUUUAAUUUCAUCACUCAAUAUGUGGACUGAGAAUUUUUUUGUCUACCAAUUGCAAAGAAAAUGAAGAGGAAGUUUUACAUAGUGAUUGUGGGCAGAACGCCCAGUAUAUACGAGACAUGGGAAGAGUGCAAAGCUCAAGUUCAUGGAUUCAGUAGAUGCUUACAUAAGUCAUUCACUGCAUAUGAAGAUGCCAUGCUUGCACGGAAUCAACACAAGGCCACCACCAUCGGUAGAGCAGUGGACGAAACAGACGGAAGUCGGUAUGUUCGUGCAUCAGCUACUAGUACAAUGGUGGAUAGCAGGACAUGUGUAGCUGCACCCAUAUCGCCAACUAUAAUUGGUGGCGAUGGUCCACAAGAUGGCAAUGAAGAAAGAGAGGGACUUGAUGGUCCGGGAAACGACCCACAUAUCCAUCGUCCGCUUGUUGGUUUGCUGCUUGGUCUCUUCGUAUUGUUUGCCGCUGUUUACGUGACUAUCCGCAGCAGCGGAUAAUCUUCUGCAUCUGUAACCAGCAAAGAAAUGUUUGGACUGUUUGAAAGUAUGUGCUUACGGAAGUGUUCAUUUGUAAUAUUUGUUUGUUAAGUUGUUUUUUU